UCGUCGAGCUGCAGCAGCUGGUGGUAUUAUAUAGUUACCAUGCAUUUUACGAUGUUUAAAGUCAAUUGCAUUUAAUUGCUAUCUUAAUAGUUUAAUCGACGCUUAUCCACGAGGCACAGGUUCGCCUCCAGAGUUUGAUCAGGGCACUUCGGUCCUCCCGAAGAUAAGAUGAAGCGUGUCUUGUGUGGAUAUUUGAUCUGUCAAUUUAUCCUCUGUUUAAUUUCACUGCCGAAAUCAUCUUCCACAAAUUUGUUCAACGCAGAUGCUAAGAAGAAUUACUCUAUACGCCCCAGAGUGGUUUUACCUGAACAUUAUGUAAAAGAAAUCAGACCACCGUCGAGGAAAGGGGCGCCGGUGAUAGUCGACUUCAACGUUUACGUUGUCGACAUCAAUUCCAUUAACGUCGAAGACAUGGAUUUCCGGGUCGACAUGUUCGUUCGUCAAAGUUGGACAGAAUCGCGACUCCACAUGCCCGACGACAUCUUUGAGGAAGGUGACGAUUACGUUACACUACCUCCCGAAUUCUUUGACAAUUUAUGGCAACCGGAUCCGUACUUUUUGAAUUCCAAAGUUGCUGAAAUUGCGAUGUUGACUCAUAAAUUUUCUUCGGUAACACUCUACAGAAACAAGACGGUGCGAUACGCUGCCCGAAUGCACGCCAUUAUAGCUUGCCAAAUGGAAUUUCAACUUUAUCCAAUGGACAUUCAAGUCUGUCCAAUCUACAUUGAGAGUUUUUCUUAUAAUAAUCAAAAACUACGUCUGCGAUGGGGCGAAGGUGGAGUCACGAUGAAUCCAGAACUAAAACUGUUACAGUACAACAUCGGCAAACCCUUGCAACUAGAAGAAUCAACCGGGUACAUGCUGGAAAAAAAUGGUAACUUUUCGCGGCUCGUUGUCUACUUCCGAUUUGAAAGACAAAUCGGACAUCAUCUGAUCCAGACUUUUGCACCUUCGACUCUCGUCGUUAUGUUGUCGUGGUUCAGCUUCUGGCUUGGUUUGGACGCUAUACCCGGCCGAGUUGCUUUACUCGUUACGAGCAUGUUAACACUCGUAACAAUGUUCACCGGCUUGAAGAGCGACAUACCACCUGUUGCUUACGUCAAGGCGCUGGAUCUUUGGAUGGCUGGUUGUAUGGUGUUCGUCUUUGCAGCGUUGGGAGAAUUUGUAGUGGUCAAAGUUCUCGAUCUACGCUAUCAGUUGGAGAUCGACACUCAAACGACAAAUUUUCCUCGAGUACUACCAAUGAAAAUAGCAGCAAUGGAAAAAACUCCUUGCAUGACUGCGUGGGAUUGCGAAUCUACUUACGCUCCUCAACCAAGGCAGAAACGUGCCGGAAGCCGACUCUUGCAGACUUCUUGGAUCGAACACGAACUGGGAGCGGCGAUGGAGAAGACGCGGUGGAACCAGAUUGAUCGUAAAAGUAGAAUUGUUUUCCCUGCUUUAUUCCUCCUAUUCGUUGUGCUUUAUUGGCCGAUACUUCUGCUUAAAAAAGCGUCUUAAUCAAGUAGCGAUUCGAUGUUAUUUUUCCGAUUUUAGAUUCAUGUUAUUUUCUUUAAAAACGGGUAAGACUCAAUGACGACUAACGAGUCUAAUCAUAAGUAAUACCUGUGUCUCUGUGUGUACUAAGAAAGAUACGUCUUGACCACGGUCUAUAAAUAAUACUGAAAAAAUUACUCAAUGACUUUGCCGGCUAGUUCUAUGUAACGCUUUAAAAAUUAAUAUACGGCCAUAGAUAUACACGGCAUUCGUUGUAGAACAUUUGAUGCAAAACAACGAAAUAUCUUCCUCGUAUAUCAUGAGUUGAGGAAGAUCAAAGAUAUACCUACCGAUCGAGCAUUAGUACAAGUAUCACAAUAUAAUUUGACGAAAGAAGUAACGAUGAGCAUCAAUAAGCGGUGUUACGUUAAUUUUUCUACUUAUUUAUGUUUCCUUCGAAGACAAGACUUAGUGGCUGGAUAUUCAUAUUAGAAGUCGAAACUCUAUUUUGCGAUAAACGAGUUCAUUCCGCUAAAUCUUUUCGCUUUGUAUCGGAUAUUUCAAGUUACUGGAAUAAAUUUAUCGAUUGUGCCAUCAUCAGCGACCAAAGAGAAUAAUCAGAAAUCAGUUUUUUCUGAUUCCGUUAUGGUUCCGUAUGAUAAGUAAUAGCUCUGUAAUAUUUGUGUAGAAAAAAUGACCAAAAGAGGAAAAAGAGAGAUGUAUAUUUUAUGUAAAAUAAAUUGGAAAAAAACGCA